AUGAUGCUACUCGCAACAUUGAAAAUGGACGAGCUGCUAGCAAAGCACCGCAAGGAACAAAAAGAUCUCCAAGCACGCAUCACCCAGAAGAAAAAGUCUGCCACCAAGAAGACCCGGCGGGGAAUCAACGAUGAAUGUGAUCGACUGCAAAGAGAGCUUACCGACCGCCAUCAGCUGGAGAUUGCUCAGUUGAACGGCGAACCAGUCGCCCCGGUCGACAACCUCAACGACUUGACUCUGAAUAGCACGGAUGAAGUGAAAGAUAUCCCUGAGGAAACAAACAAUUCACCAAGCCUUCCAUCUACCAACGGAACAUCGACUCCCACAUCAACCGCCUCUCAACCGUCCGACACCCCUCGUCAGAAGAAACCCAAUCGCCAAAAGGCUCGCCUCGCCCGACGGGCUGCGGAGCAGGCUGCUCAGGCUGAAAUAGCCGCCGAAGAAGCCGCCAAACAGACGGACCAUCGAGGUAAUGAGAAGGACGUGAUGGAUGGUGUCUUCAAGCGGCUUGACUUGAGCCAGGUGGAAAUCAACCCAGAUGGCCAUUGCCUUUACUCGGCUAUUGCCUAUGAGCUGGAGGAGUUAGGUCUGGGCCUGAAGCCCGACGCAAGCCGCAUCGUCCUCAAUCCUUCGACCCUAUCCCGCAUCGAGACCGUGGCUUCACCCAAGCACGACGGGUACAGAGCCGUCCGAGCCGUGACGGCAGACUUCAUUACGCAACACAAGGACGAUUUCGAACCGUUUAUGGAGGAACCUCUGGACCAAUACACACACAAAAUCAAGCUGACUGCGGAGUGGGGAGGCCAGCUAGAGCUGCAGGCGAUUGCGCGAGCAUAUGGUGUUGAUAUCAAUGUCAUUCAAGGAGAUGGACGGAUUGAGAAAAUUGAAGCCGGCGAUGUUCAGGACCUCGAGGCUGAAGAACGGGCCCGGCGGGUGAUCUGGCUGGCUUACUACCGACAUACUUACGGCCUUGGAGAGCAUUACAAUGCCCUCACGAAAAGGACUUAG